AUUAUGAAUCUAAACAUGUCUAUGUCAAGAUAAAUGUUUUCAACUAUGAUAGCCGACGCUAAAAGAGACAACCGGUACCAAUUCAACCUGUGUCUGGUUGGCUGCCACCGAGGUGGGAGCAUGCCCAUGCGCCUUCCAGUUGGGCUGUGUUCGGAAACACACAGUGUGCACACCAGUAGCCGUUCGGAAACAUUGCAUAUGACUCAGUGUGCAUUCGUAUCGCUUGCAAACGUACAGAAAGUCGCACCAAUUGUCAUCAAACCAACCGAUAAAAAAGCAGGGGGAGUCGAUGUUUCUUUGGAACCGUUCGGGAACGUUCAACACCUGAGGUUACACGGUACUUUCCCGCUACUUACUUCCACUAUUUUCCCAUUGAAAUCACAAAAGCACACCAAGACUGAUGUUUCCGAACGCAGCCUAUAUAUUAAGUUCAAUAAUUGUACCGAUUGAAAUUUUUUAUUGUUACACGAUUUUCAGCCUUUCACAUGUACACAUAAA